AUGUACAAAGCCCACGUCGCCGAGCAAUACGCCAAAAUCUCACCACCCCGUCCUCCCAUCGACCUCGACGCAAUCCGAGCCGCUAAUCCCAAGCUCCAGCCAAAGGAUACGUUCCGUCACGUCAAGUCUACACUUGCCUUUGAUAAGGAGGGACACAGGGCUGUAGCGUUUCCGUGCGAUGGGAUUGAGCAGAAGCAGUGGGAGAAGGAGUAUGAUGAUGGGUUUGAUAGGAGUUGGAAGGUUGAGUAUGAGGGGGUUGAGGGUUUGAGUGAGGCGGCGGUGGAAGAGGGUGGUGCUAUGGAGGUGGACGAUACCGUGGAGAAUGAAGUCAUUGAUCUUACUCAGGAGGAUGAUUCAGAGCCCGUGGCUAAGCCAAGAGCUCAGGUACCGCAACCUUUGGGCAGACGGACGUUUCGACAGAUGAUCAAGGCUGAUAUGAAGGAGCGGACGCAGGGUCUUUAG